GAUACAAGGUCAGCACACACCUAGACACAACAAAAAUGGCACAGAGAUUUCAAAGCGUAUUUUUAAGGGCUCAGAGUGAAUCUGAGGUUAACGGUUUUAUUUCGAGACACUUGCAACCGGAUGAAGACUUCUCCAGUUCCUGUGGCGUGGCCGUCGAUAGAUUGGUGAGGUAUCUACACAGUGUACAAACAGAACUGCCCAUAAAGGUCCGUUCAGUGAUAAAGGGAGGAUCGCUGGGGAAAGGCACGGCACUGAAAAAUAAGUCCGACAUAGACUGUGUGGUUUUCAUCAAUUAUGAUGGAGGCAUUCAGACGUCCAUACAAGCUAUGAGUGGACCCUGGUUACAGGAUAUCAUUGAGGAGAUAAGGCAUUCCCUCGGAAAUUGGAACCCUCUACCCGAAUUCGAGGUUGUUGGCAAGACGAUACAUGCCGUGAAACUUCGAUACAAGAAGGGGUCUUUUACCUGUGACGUUGAUCUGCUACCUGCCAUAGAUAUUUUGAAGAAAGGUACUCCACAGCAAGUGUAUUAUGCAAUGAAAUCACUUUCUCCACACUUGCGUGAGUACUGCUCAGCUCCACUGGUUCAGCUUCAAGUCGAGUUCGUAAAAUGUCAACAGCCGGUAGUAAAGGACUUGAUUCGAUUUGUUAAACACUGGAAAAAUGAAUACUCUGAAAAAGUCUUUAGGGAAUUUGCUCCUCCCCACGCUAGGUUGCCGUCCUCAUACCUCCUGGAGCUCCUGUGUAUCAAGGUUUGGGAAAUGGUUGGGAGACCCUCGUCCAUGGACAAAAGACAAGGAUUAAAGGCCGUGAUGAGCCUACUGACUGAACGUCGGCAUCACGUGCACCGCGUGGAGUGGUCAGCGUUUUACGACCCCAGCAAAUAUCCACUUAAAGCCACUGAUCAUCUGUCAGUUCGAGAUCCUGCCAACCCAUUCAAUGACCUUUGUAGUGAUUUCGACGCGUUCAGCUGGAAUACAAUAGAUUACAUGAAAAUCAAAACUUUAAAAGCUCCUUUGUUCGAUGGUCUACGCAUGGAUCCUCCUUGGAAUAUAUUCAGAGACUAAUAUCGUGAAACUUGCG